AUGCGUCUCGCUACCGCCCUCCCGCUCUUGCCUCUUGUGGCCGCUUUACCGACCGCUCCGACCGCGAAGCCUCUCCCUCUCAUCAUCUGGCACGGCCUAGGCGACCGCUACGAUGCCGAUGGAAUUGCAGACGUCGCCGCUCUAGCCAACGAGAUCCACCCAGGCACCGUCGUCUAUCCCAUCCGCCUCGCAGACGAUGGCUCGGCUGACUCCCGCGCCACUUUCUUCGGCAACCUGACCACGCAACUCUCCGACGUAUGCAACACGCUGAGCUCGAACUCCUCCUUUUCUUCCAACAACACAAGAAUCGAUGCUCUGGGAUUCUCUCAAGGCGGUCAGUUCCUGCGCGGUCUGAUUGAGACAUGCCCAGGCAUUAGCGUGAGAAGUCUGGUAACCUUUGGCUCGCAACACAAUGGCAUCUCCAAGUUCCAAAACUGCGGCACCUGGGAUUUAGUGUGCAAGGGAGCUAUAGCUGCCAUCAAGGGCAAUGCAUUCGGUGAAUGGGUCCAGGGCAACAUCAUUCCUGCACAGUAUUACAAGGAGACAAAUGAAACCACUGGAGAGCCCACAAGCAAUUAUCUGAACAAUAGCAAUUUCAUUGCCGACAUCAACAAUGAAAGACACAACAAGACCAAGGAAUACAAGCAACGUCUGUCAUCUUUGGACAAGUUUGCCAUGUACGUCUUUGACGAGGACAAGACUGUGAUCCCCAAGGAAAGCGGCUGGUUUGCUCAAGUCAACAUGACGAGCAUGGAGGUCACUGGCCUCAGGGACAGACAGAUCUACAAAGAAGAUUGGAUUGGCUUGAAGCACUUGGACAGGAAGGGUGCUCUGGAGUUCAGAAACGCUACUGGUGGACACAUGGAUCUGACUGAAAAGGUUCUAACAGAAGCCUUUACAGACUUCUUUGGUCCUGACAGGAAGCCUUGGAAGAUCGCAGAGCAGCUGCAAGUGGUGUUUGAAGAAUUAUAA